CGUCAACUCCUUCGUCACUUCCGCCCACUCCAGAGCUCGUCAGCGAGACAGUGGGUGUGGAGCUUCGUUCCCCGCGCUGGUCCCUGGCCUUCCGCCUGCUUGGCACCUGAGAAGCGGUAUUUGCUCUACUGUUUAAGAAGCUUCUCAAGUUUCAAUUUUGUACAUUCCUUGGUUGCAGUAAAAGGUUUAGUGGAUUAAUUGUGUUUAUUCAAAAAAAUAAGAUUUAAAAAAUGGCUGCAAAAAAAGCAUUAGUCAUCCUGGCUAAAGGAGCAGAGGAGAUGGAAACAGUUAUCCCUGUGGAUUUAAUGAGGAGGGCUGGAAUGAAAGUCAUCAUUGCAGGUCUUUCUGGAAAGGAUCCAGUACAGUGUAGUAGAGAUGUGCUCAUUUGCCCUGAUGCUAGUCUAGAAGAUGCAACAAAGGAGGCACCAUAUGAUGUGAUAGUCCUGCCAGGAGGUAAUCUGGGUGCACAGAAUUUGAGAGAGAGCCCACAAGUGAAGACACUGCUGAAAGAACAAGAGAAAAGAAAAGGCCUUAUUGCUGCCAUUUGUGCAGGACCUACAGCUCUCUUGGCUCAUGAAAUAAGUUUUGGAAGCAAAGUUACAACCCACCCUGGGGCCAAAGACAAGAUGAUGGAUGGAAAUCAUUAUACCUACACAGAGAAUCGUGUGGAAAAGGAUGGCAUCAUUCUUACAAGCCGUGGUCCUGGAACCAGCUUUGAGUUUGGGCUUGCAAUUAUUGCGGAACUGAUGGGAAAAGAAGUAGCAGAUCAAGUGAAGGCUCCUCUUGUUCUUUAAAAUUAGUGAGAAAAGUUUUCUUGAUUAGUAAGCUUAAAAGUUCCUUAGAAAUCACUAACAUUUAAUUUUGGGGGAGUAUGAGAAGCAACUUAACAGGAGAUCAUUUGAAAUGUAAUUAUUCCCAAGGAUUAUAUGUAUGUACCAAUUGCUAUUCAUUAAUGUAUGUUCAAACAAAGGAAAACUUAGAAAACUGCCUGCUCAAUAAUGUGACUGCAAUUGCCAUUGCCUGAGAGACUGAAGAUAGCUGCACGAACUUGUAGCUGAGUUUCGUGCUUUCCUGUUCAUGUGUCUGAACUUUGUUGGCCAAAUAAAAUACAUUUGGUAAAUAA